CUGGUCAUUCACGUCUACCUGCGACUCACCUGUGUGGAUGUCUGUGUUCUGUCAGCUCACCUGAAACACUUACAUGAUCUUUUCCUGCAGUGUGGGUCUCGUCAGGGUACGUCUGAUGUCCAGCAGUAAACACAAACAGCAGAGUCAUGGUCAUUCUACAACAGGGCGACUAUGUUUGGCUGGAUCCGAAGACCGGUCGAGAGUUUGAGGUCCCGAUCGGAGCCGUGGUGAAGCUCUGUGAUUCUGGACAGAUUCAAGUCGUGGAUGAUGAAGGAAAUGAACACUGGAUUUCCCCCCAAAAUGCCACCAACAUCAAACCAAUGCACCCGACCUCCAUCCAUGGGGUGGAAGACAUGAUUCGUCUGGGUGAUCUGAAUGAAGCUGGCAUCCUCCGGAACCUUCUCAUCCGCUAUAGAGAACAUCUCAUCUAUACGUACACAGGGUCGAUCUUAGUGGCGGUGAACCCCUAUCAGCUUCUGCCCAUCUAUACAGCAGAUCAGAUUCGCCUCUACACCAACAAGAAGUUUGGAGAGAUGCCUCCACACAUCUUCGCCAUCGCUGACAACUGUUACUUCAACAUGCAACGCAACAACAAAGAUCAGUGCUGUAUCAUAAGUGGCGAGUCCGGAGCUGGAAAAACAGAAAGCACUAAACUGAUUCUACAGUUUUUGGCCGCCAUCAGCGGACAACACUCCUGGAUUGAACAGCAGGUACUGGAGGCCAACCCCAUCUUAGAAGCCUUUGGGAAUGCCAAGACCGUCCGAAACGACAACUCCAGUCGCUUUGGAAAGUACAUCGACAUCCACUUCAACAAAAGAGGAGCUAUAGAGGGAGCAAAGAUUGAGCAGUACCUUCUAGAGAAAUCCAGAGUGUGUCGACAGGCUCGUGAUGAGAGGAACUACCACGUUUUCUACUGCAUGUUGAAGGGAAUGACUGAAGACCAGAAGAAGAAACUGGGUUUGGGUAAAGCCACGGAUUACACCUAUCUUACUACAGGAAACUGUACGGUUUGUGACGGUCGUGAUGAUCAGAAGGAAUACUCAAACAUCCGAUCGGCCAUGAAGGUCCUCAUGUUCACAGACAAAGAGAACUGGGAGAUCUCCAAGCUCCUCGCUGCCAUUCUGCACAUGGGUAACCUGAACUAUGAGGCUCGCACGUAUGAUAAUUUGGACGCCUGUGAGUUGGUCCGCAGCUCAGAUCUGACCACAGCGGCUGUUUUGUUGGAGGUGGACUUUAAGGAUUUGAUGAAUUGUCUGACCAGUCGAACAAUAAUAACUCGUGGAGAGACUGUGUCCACUCCUCUCAGUAUAGAACAGGCUCUGGAUGUGCGAGAUGCGUUUGUAAAGGGAAUAUACGGCCGCUUGUUUGUGUGGAUUGUUGAGAAAAUCAAUGCAGCCAUUUUUAAACAUCCGUCCCUGGAGCUGAAAACUGUCAGAAGAUCCAUCGGCCUGCUGGACAUAUUCGGCUUUGAGAACUUCACUGUUAACAGUUUCGAGCAGCUCUGCAUCAACUUUGCCAACGAGAAUCUGCAGCAGUUCUUCGUCCGUCAUGUCUUCAAACUGGAGCAGGAGGAAUAUAACCUGGAGAACAUUAACUGGCAGCACAUCGAGUUCACAGACAACCAGGACGCUUUAGACAUGAUCGCCAUAAAGCCCAUGAACAUCAUCUCACUCAUAGAUGAGGAGAGCAAGUUUCCCAAGGGUACAGACACCACCAUGCUGAACAAACUCAACUCUCAACACAAACUCAACACCAACUAUAUUCCUCCUAAAAACACUUAUGAAACACAGUUUGGCAUUCAUCACUUUGCGGGUGUGGUGUACUACGAGACAAGAGGGUUUCUGGAGAAGAACCGAGACACUCUUCACGGCGACAUCAUUCAGCUCGUGCACUCGUCCAAGAACAAAUUCAUCAAGCAGAUCUUUCAAGCUGACGUCGCUAUGGGGGUGGAGACCAGAAAGCGUUCACCGACUCUCAGCAGUCAGUUCAAGCGUUCUCUGGAGCUGUUAAUGCGCACGCUGAGCGUUUGUCAGCCGUUUUUCGUCCGCUGCAUCAAACCCAAUGAGUACAAGAAGCCCAUGCUCUUUGAUCUUGAGCUGUGUGUGAGGCAGCUCCGCUAUUCUGGAAUGAUGGAAACCAUCCGGAUUCGUCGGGCCGGAUAUCCCAUCCGUUACACUUUCGUCGAGUUUGUCGACAGAUACCGUGUUUUGAUGCCGGGAGUGAAACCUGCUUACAAACAGGAGGAUCUGAGAGGAACCUGUCAGCGGAUUGCUGAAGCUGUUCUGGGACGAGACGAUGACUGGCAGAUGGGAAAGACCAAAAUAUUCCUGAAGGAUCAUCAUGAUAUGCUUCUGGAAAUUGAGAGAGAUAAAGCCAUAACCGACAAGGUGAUUCUCAUUCAGAAAGUGGUGCGAGGUUUUAAAGACAGAUCUAAUUUUCUGAAAAUGAAGAAGUCGGCUAUAUUUAUCCAGAAGACAUGGAGGGGUUAUUUCUGUCGGAAGAAUUAUGGCGCGAUGCGCGCUGGAUUCUCACGUCUGCAGGCCUUGUAUCGAUCUCGUAAACUCUAUCACACGUACCACAUCACAAGACAGAGAAUUACCCUGUUUCAGGGCGACUGUCGAGGGUUUCUGGUGCGCCGGGCCUUCAGACAUCGACUCUGGGCCGUCAUCACCAUCCAGGCCUACACCAGAGGCAUGAUCGCCCGCAGACUUUUCAAGAGACUCAAAGGAGAGUAUCGACGGCGUCUAGAGGCGGAGAAGAUGCGUCUGGCAGAAGAACAGAAGCUCAGGAACCAGAUGAGCGCCAGGAAGGCCAAACAGGAGGCUGAGAAGAUGCACCAGGAGCGUUUGGCACAGCUGGCACGAGAGGACGCCGAGCUAGAGAAGAAAGAGAAGGAGGAGGCGAGGAGAAAGAAGGAAAUGUUAGAUCAGAUGGAGAGAGCUCGGCACGAGCCCGUCAAUGACUCUGAGAUGGUGGAUAAGAUGUUUGGCUUCCUGGGCACAACCAACUCUUUUCCUGGUCAGGAGGGACAAGCACCGGCUGGAUUUGAGGACCUGGAGAGAACACACAGAGAACUAGAGGAGGAGGAUCUGGAUGAAGCUCUUCCUCUCCCGGAGGAAGAUGAGGAGGACCUGUCUGAGUACAAAUUUGCCAAGUUCUCCGCUACGUAUUUCCAGGGCACGACCACACACACUUACGUACGGCGGCCGCUCAAACAACCUUUGCUGUUUCAUGAGGAUGAAGGAGAUCAGCUGGCUGCUCUGGCCGUGUGGAUCACGAUUCUCAGGUUCAUGGGUGACCUUCCAGAACCAAAAUAUCACACAGCCAUCACUGACGGCAGCGAGAAGAUCCCCGUCAUGACCAAAAUCUACGAAACGCUCGGCAAGAAAACCUACAAGAGAGAACUUCAGGCUCUGCAGGGAGACGGAGAGAACACUCACCCAGACAGUCAUAAGAAGAGCAGCGUGCGUCACAAACUGGUGUCGCUCACCCUUAAGAAAAAAUCCAAGAUUACUGAGGAGGUUACCAAGCGUCUGAAUGACGGUGAAUAUACAGUACAUGGGAACAGCAUGCUGGAGGACAGGCCCACGUCUAACCUGGAGAAGCUACACUUCAUAAUUGGAAACGGCAUCCUCCGUCCAGGCCUGAGAGAUGAGAUCUACUGUCAGAUUUGUAAGCAGCUGACACAGAAUCCGUCUAAAAGCAGUCACGCCCGCGGCUGGAUCCUCAUUUCUCUUUGUGUGGGCUGUUUCGCUCCCUCUGAGAAGUUUGUGAAGUAUCUGAGGAACUUUAUGAAUGAAGGUCCAGCUGGUUAUGCUCCGUACUGUGAAGAGAGACUCAGGAGAACGUUUGUCAACGGUACCCGGACACAGCCUCCCUCCUGGCUGGAGCUUCAGGCCACCAAGUCUAAGAAGCCGAUAAUGCUUCCAGUGACGUUCAUGGACGGGACCACCAAGACCCUGUUGACAGAUUCGGCCACCACGGCCAUGGAGCUCUGCAGCGCUUUGGCAGACAAGAUCAACCUUCAAGAUCGCUUCGGUUUCUCUCUCUACAUCGCGCUCUUUGACAAGGUGUCGUCUCUGGGCAGCGGCAGUGAUCACGUGAUGGACGCUGUGUCUCAGUGUGAGCAGUAUGCUAAAGAGCAGGGCGCUCAGGAGCGUAACGCCCCCUGGAGGCUGUUCUUCAGGAAAGAGAUCUUCACACCCUGGCACGACCCGGGGGAUGCCGUAGCUACAAACCUCAUCUACCAGCAGAUCGUACGAGGGGUGAAGUUCGGGGAGUAUCGAUGCGAUAGGGAGGAGGAUCUGGCGGAGCUGGCAUCUCAGCAGUAUUAUGUGGACUACGGCUCAGAGAUUCUUGUAGAACGUCUGUUGAGUCUCAUUCCGUCCUACGUCCCUGACAGAGAAAUCAGCACGGCCAAAACCGUGGAGAGAUGGUCUCAGCUCAUCAUGGCUGCUCACAAAAAGGGCAUCUACACUCAAAAGAGAUUCGACCCGCAGAAGGUCAAAGAAGAAGUGGUGGAUUUCGCUCGCUACAAGUGGCCUUUGUUAUUCUCAAGAUUCUAUGAAGCCUUUAAAUUUUCAGGUCCCAGUCUUCCCAAGAAUGACGUGAUAGUAGCCGUGAACUGGACGGGGGUUUAUUUUGUGGACGAACAGGAGCAGGUUCUUCUGGAACUUUCUUUCCCGGAGAUCACCGGUGUUUCCAGCAGCAGAGGAGGAGAACGUCAGGCCCAAAGCUUCACUCUGGCCACCAUGAAAGGGGAGGAAUACACCUUCACCUCCAACAACGCCGAGGACAUACGAGACCUGGUGGUCACCUUCCUAGAGGGUCUCAGGAAGAGAUCCAAGUUUGUUGUGGCCUUACAGGAUAAUCCCAGCACAGCCAGCGAUGACUCAACGUUCCUGAGCUUCGUGAAAGGUGACCUGAUUCUCUUGGAUCAGGACACGGGCGAGCAGGUCAUGACGUCAGGCUGGGCCCACGGAACCAACGACAGAACCAAACAGAAAGGAGAUUUUCCCGCUGACUGUGUCUACGUGCUGCCCACCAUCAUCAGACCUUCCCCUGACAUUGUGGCUUUGGUUACCAUGACACCAGACCAACGUCAGGAGUCGGUCCGGAUUUCACACGUUCCGCUGAUGGAGAGUUCAGAGAGGAUCAAGCCAUACACGCUAGAGGAGUUCUCCUACGACUACUUCAGACCUCCUCCCAAACACACAUUGAGCAGAGUGAUGAUCACUAAGAACCGCGGGAAAGAUAAACUGUGGAGCUGCACGAGAGAACCCAUCAAACAAGCUCUUCUGAAGAAAUGUGUGAGUCACGAGGAGCUCUCGCAGGAGGCGUGCAUGGCCUUCAUCGCUCUGAUGAAAUACACUGGCGAUUAUCCGUCCAAGCGGACGCGUUCUGUGAACGAGCUCACGGAUCAGAUCUUUGAGGGUGCGCUGAAGGCGGAGCCAAUGAAAGACGAGAUCUUCUGUCAGAUCAUCAAACAGCUGACAGACAACCACAUCAAGUACAGUGAGGAGAAGGGUUGGGAGCUGCUCUGGUUGUGCACUGGUCUCUUUUCUCCCAGUAAUGUUCUGUUACCACAUGUUCAGAGAUUCCUGCAGUCCAAGAAACAUCAUCCACUGGCUUCGGACUGCAUGCAGAGACUCCAGAAAGCUUUACGGAACGGUUCACGCAAGUAUCCUCCUCACCUAGUUGAAGUCGAGGCGAUUCAACACAAGACCACGCAGAUCUUUCACAAAGUCUAUUUCCCUGAUGACACAGAUGAGGCGUUCGAGGUGGAGUCCAGCACAAAAGCCAAAGAUUUCUGUCUGAAUAUCUCCGGCAGACUGUUGCUGAAAUCACCUGAAGGAUUCAGUCUGUUUGUCAAGAUUUCUGAUAAGGUGAUCAGUGUACCGGAGGGCGAUUUCUUCUUUGACUUUGUUCGUCAUCUGACUGACUGGAUAAAGAAAGCUAGGCCAGCUAAAGAUGGUAUAGUUCCUUCAUUGACCUAUCAGGUGUUUUUCAUGAAGAAAUUGUGGACGAUCACAGUUCCAGGGAAAGAUUCAUUUGCAGACUCGAUCUUUCAUUAUUAUCAGGAACUUCCUAAAUAUCUUCGUGGAUAUCACAAGUGCUCCAGAGAGGAGGUUUUCCAGCUUGGAGCUCUCAUCUACCGAGUCAAAUUUGAAGACGAUAAAUCUCACUUUCCCAGUAUUCCCAAGAUGCUAAAGGAGCUUAUUCCUCAGGAUCUGAUACGCCAGCUCUCUCCGGACGACUGGAAGAGGUCGAUAGUGGCGUACUUCAACAAACAUGCUGGUAAAUCGAGAGAGGAAGCCAAGCUGAUGUUUCUGAAGAUCCUUUUCAAAUGGCCCACGUUUGGUUCUGCAUUCUUUGAAGUGAAGCAAACCACUGAGCCAAACUUCCCCGAGAUCCUCCUUAUAGCCAUCAACAAACAUGGAGUCAGUCUGAUCGACCCCAAGAACAAGGAUAUUUUAACCACGUAUCCCUUCACAAAGAUCUCAAACUGGAGCUCUGGAAACACAUACUUUCACAUCACCAUUGGAAACCUGGUCCAGGGAAGCAAACUUCUGUGUGAGACAUCACUGGGUUAUAAAAUGGACGACCUGUUGACGUCUUACAUAAGCCAGAUGUUGACCUCCAUGAGUAAACAGCGCAAUUCUCACGGCCACAGCAAGUGAACGUUUGAUUGGCGCGAGGCUGCGGAGCUGGUGCGUCUGCUGCGGCCUAUUGGUCGUCCGUGCAGCUGGGGGCGGGUCUUCGCAGCUCAGCUGUGGACGAUGAGCCGCACACCGUCCUCCAGCUCUCAGGGCUCUGUGUAUCCCGACGACGACUCUUCAUCCACCUCCAGUGAGGAUGACUACCUCUGACGGGCUCUCUGACCAGCUCUCCGCUACGCAAAACUCAUUUUAGUCGAGUUUGUUUUUUUGUGUUCCAGAGUUAUAUGUGAUGAUGUAAAAUUUAGGUACCAAUGAACUGAAUUGAAUACAGAGGCGUGUCAUUAAAAAUAAUUUUCGAUGUCGUCCGCACGUUAACGGCUCUGAGUCGAUGACGUGGAGUAUUUAUGUCCUUACACUGUAAAUGUGCUGUGAAAAACGCAUGAUAAUUGAGCUUUUAUAAUUUGGUUUGCGUUCAGUUUAUGAACUCGUGCAAUUUUAUUUAUAUUAACUUUAUAACACUGCAAGCCUUAAUACUUUUUGAAAGAUGAGGAACUUUGUUUUUACAGGUUAUAUUAAAGCACAUAUUAACAUUUUUUCUUGUGUUUACAUGAUUAUUGUUCUUCUGUGGAUCAGCGUCCAUAAAGUCAUAUUCAUCUGAACUACAUCCGAGUCACAGUUUUGUUCAGAUGAUGUUAAAGAGAAAAGCACAAGGGAAAGAGAUGUUGGAGUGAUAUACAAAAAGCCUUAUUUCAGUCUGCGUGAGCCACUUGACAACUGUCUCAAUACCUUAAGAAACCUUGUGGGUAAAGUGAUGUUGUGGAAUGAUAUGAAGGAUGUUUGCCGCUAUUUCAGUGGUCUUGUAGUAAGACCCCACAUAGACUUUCAAAAGAAAUGUUUUUGUAAUAUAUGCUUAGUUAUGAAUGCAAACAUGGUUCCUUUUAUUGUUCAUUAUAUUUAUCAAUAAUUUAAUUUAUGGCCUUUGUUUGUAAUAAAAUGUCAGAGAAUGUGACUGACAUUUUGUAAGAGCCCAACUAAUCUAACUAGACGUGUUGAUGAAUUUAUUGUAUGAUCUGUGAAAGUUCUGUUUUGUCACUUCUUUAUGUAAUUGCAACAUAUGAGUUAUCAAAUAAAGUUUUUUAUCAAAAUUAA